GGGCCCCGGCGGCGCGGCGCGGAUGCGGAGCCCCCCCGGGCGCUGGCGAGCAGGCGGCCGCGCCGGGGGGCCGCCGCCGGGCCCAUGGAGGUGGCGGCGCGGGAGCGCUCCCCCGAGAUGCAGGACAAGCUGCGGAUCCUGGAGGACCUCAACAUGCUCUACAUCCGCCAGAUCGCCCUCAGCCUGGAGGACACGGACAUCCAGAAGAAGAUCGACCAUGAGAUCCGAAUGCGGGAAGGAGCCUGCAAGCUGCUGGCGGCCUGCACGCAGCGGGAGCAGGCGCUGGAGGCCACCAAGAGCCUGCUGGUCUGCAACAGCCGCAUCCUGGCCUACAUGGCGGAGCUGCAGCGCAUGAAGGAGGUGCAGGUGAUGCAGCGCAUGGCCAGGCGCCCCUCGGACGCCGGCCCCACGGACGAGCGCUUGCCCUGCCGCGGCAGAGUCUGCGUGUCAGACCUCCGCAUCCCGCUCAUGUGGAAGGACACGGAGUAUUUCAAGAACAAGGGAGAGCUGCACCGCUGCGCCGUCUUCUGCCUGCUGCAGAUCGGGCCGGAGAUCUACGACACCGAGAUGGUGCUGGUGGACCGGACGCUCACCGACAUCUGCUUCGAGAGCGCCGUGCUCUUCACGGAGGCCGGGCCAGACUUCGAGCUGAAGGUGGAGCUGUACAGCGCGGGGCUGGAGGAGGACGCGGCGCUGGGCAGCGCGCCCAAGAAGCUGGCCAGCAAACUGAGCAGCUCCCUGGGCCGCUCCUCGGGCAAGCGGCUGCGAGCGGCCCUGGACGGGGGUCCCGGGAGCCCCGUGAGCAACGGGGGCAGCGGCGCCCUGCUGCUGCCGGCCCCCAGCGUGGCCGGCCCCAAAUACCACCUGCUGGCGCACGCGGUGCUGUCGCUGGCCGAGGUGCAGGACGGCUUCCGCACCCACGACCUCGCCGUCGCCUGCAGUGAGGAGAGCUCCUUCUGGCUGCCGCUCUACGGCAGCAUGUGCUGCCGCCUGGCCGCCCAGCCGCGCUGCAUGGCCGCCCAGGUGAUGUGCGGCUUCCUGCGCCUGCAGCAGCAGGCCGGGGAGCCGCAGAGCUGGGCACGGCUGUACUGCGUCCUGCGCGGCACCAACCUCUUCUGCUACCGGCGCCCGCAGGACGCCGAGGCCGAGGUGGAGCCGGCGCUCACCAUCGCCGUCAACAAGGAGACGCGGAUCCGCGCCGCCGAGAAGGACCCGCGCGGGCGGCUGCACAGCAUGUCCGUGAGCAACCGCUACGGCGCCGAGGAGGUGACGCACACGCUGCUGGCCGAGAGCCGCGCCGAGGUGCAGCGCUGGAUGGAGGCCUUCUGGCAGCACUUCUACGACAUGAGCCAGUGGAAGCAGUGCUGCGACGAGCUGAUGCGGAUCGAGGUGCCGGCGCCGCGCCGGGCGCCGCCGCCGCCGCCCAAGCAGGGCUCGCUGUACCACGAGAUGGCUAUUGAGCCGGCCGACGACAUCGAGGCGGUCACGGCCAUCCUGGCGCAGCGCGCGGCCGGGCUGCAGCCGGGCUGCCCGCCCUGGCUGAGCCUCUUCGAGGGGCCGCCGCACGCCGACGACCCCGAUCCGGACGGCGCCAGCGGACCCGGUCCCGGCGCGCCCCGCGCCCGUGCCCGCUCCCUCGACGCCAAGCUCGGCAGCCCGGGGGGGCGCGGGGCCCGGCGGGGCGCCCCCUCCCCGCGCCCCGUGCCCCCCUCUGGCUCCAGCUCCGGCUCCUCCAGCAGCGGCAGUGCCACACCGGACCCGGGGCGCGUUGCCCCCCGCCCCGCGCCCGCCCCCGCCGGCUGCCUGCAGUCCCGCGUCUGAGCCGGGGCACUGCCGGGCCCCCCAGGCAGCCCCUGCGCCCACCCCGGGGCGGCAGGGUGGGAUGGGGAUGGGGGGGGCGCAAUGGGGAGGGGGCUGGUCCUGCUGGGCUGGGGGCUCAGAGCUACUUUUCUGGGGGGAGAAACUGGAAUUUAUGAUAACCCUGUGCCUGAGCACGGGGCUGCAGGGUGGUUGUGGGGCUGACCCUGGCCUCCAUGGGAUGGGUGCUUGGGGCUGACCCCCCCGAAGGUGAGCCCCCCCCCCCAAACACACACAUGGUGGGUGCUCAGGCUCACCUCACAGCCAGGGUGCUCCCCACAGCUGGGGGUGCUUGGAGCUCACCCCACAAUAGGGUGUUCAGGGUGCACCCCACAGCUGGGGGUGCGUGGAGCUCACCCCAUGGUGGGGUGCUCAGGCUCGCCCCAUGGUGGGUUGCUUGGGGUGCACCCUCCAGCUCUGCUUUCCUUCACCAUUUCUAACCCCUGGGGCCACCUGCCCUGGCCUCCAGUGCCCCCCUGCGCAGCCAGGGGCUCAGGGGUGGCGUGACCCACAGCAGGGACCAGCCCUGGCUCCUGCGCCCGGGGUGCCAAAGCUACCACCUCAUUAAUAAGCAUUAAAAUUUAUUUAACA